AAUGACAGUUAGUGCACGCGCCAGUGUUCGCGGCCUCUGUCAUUGACAACCUUGUCCACCAAUCGUAUAACACACAGCGUCAGUUUAUCCAAUCACGAAACGCGAUGUUGGGAUGUGGGGCGGGGACUAAAAAUACAAACGUUCCGAGGACUUUCCCUUCCAACACGGGUCUCCGCGAAAGUUUUGUUCAACUUUAAGUUUCAAAUACAUAAUUCUAUGCUUUCAUAGGACCACGACGACAACAUUUUAAUACUUCUUCCUAACGUAAACGUUGUCUGUCCGGUGGUUUGGUAGCUUAUUUGGCUUUUAUUAGAACGAUAAUGUGAACUAGCUACCCACCUGUUGAUAUAGAGCAUCUUUGUUUACGUUUAGCAUAGCUAGGCUAGCUGCUCUUUUCCCAACAUACACACGUUGGACGUGUUGAUUGAACAACUGGAAGCUAACCUCAACAAGCCAAGACAAGUUGUUGAUGAACUGAGGUCAGCAUGUACUCAUUACGCUAAUGUUUGAGGAAUCUGCUUCGACUGACGGAGCUCAGUCUGCAAAGUGGGGGACAGAAAUUGAGUUGGACGUGAUUACAGAGGUGAGGGUGAGCAGAAGAGUCCUGAUUGCCUGAACAUACACCUGCAGACACCUGAUGUUCCUCCAUCACAGUGAAGCUGUGUUUGCCAGGAGAGGCCUCUUAGUGGGACGGCUGAGAGAAGUGCGCUUGCUGGUAGUCUCAGCCCACCCUUCUCUAACUCUAAGCCUGCCUCAUUCAAGGCCAGGUCAUUAGGGAUGGAGUCUUAUUCUUCGAGGAAGAAAGGGGGCUGUGUGCGUCAGGAGAACGCCUGUCUGACCAUGCAGGAUGAGCAGCUCAUCAGUGACCUCGAUGCUAUGCAGUAUGAAUUGGCCACCUCCAAGUCUCAGGUCCGCCUCAGAGGCCCCAGGAUAGGGGUUAAAAACGGUGUGGCAGUCAUGAGUGAGCAGAUUCGUUGUCUUGAAGCAAAGCUGGAGACUCAAGCCACAGAACUAAAGGCUGCAGAGCUGAGGGCAGACUGUAGCCAGGAAGCAGCAGCUCACGGGGACAUUUUGGUGGCGACUCUUACUGACGAGCUGAGCGCGCUCAGAGAAGAGCUGGAGAACAACGCAGCGCUGGGCAAACGGGCUGAGCAACAAAGGAACCAAGCACUUCAAAAUGCAGAGAAACUCAAAGAAGCCUUCAAAGACUAUAAGGCUUCCAUUUCUAUUAAACUUAAGAGGGUGAUGGAGAGUGAGAGCAAACUAAAGGAGAGUCUUGUUGAGUGUGACAGAGAAAAAGAGGAGUUGGAAAUGAAGUGCACAGUGUUGGAGAAAGGAAAGGUAGAACAGAGCCAAACAAUUAGCCAGCUGAAGGAGGAGGGGAGGCAGGUCAAGUCUGCGGCUGCUGGCCUCCAGACUCAACUGGAGGAAGCCGGACAAAAGGUCCUACAUCUUGAACGACAGCUUAUAGAGCGGGGCGCAGAGUUCAGGGAGCUGGCCUCUCUGCGAAAGGAGCUGGAGAAGCUGCGCACUCUGACCCAGAGCCAGGAGCAGAGGGAUGCCCAGAGCCACAGAGAGGCUCAGCAGAGCCAGGCGGAGCUGGCCGGCCUGGAGGCCAUACUGUCCCUGCUGCAUCUACGAGAGGGUGCUGUGGAGACACUGUGCGUCAGGCCCUGCAUGUUUCCCCCAGUGAACUAUUUAGGAACAGCACACCUACUGAAGCUAAAGCCAGGUGAAGGCUACCAGCAGCUGCUGCGAGUGCUGCAGUCGAUGGAGGCUGAGCGGACCAAACGGAGCAGCCUGGUGGAGCGGCUUCAGGAGCGUUUGAGCAGAACCCAGGAGGAGAUCUCCUCGCUGCAGAGCUCCAUGAGCCAGAGAGCCUCCCACUACCAGAGCCUCCACACGGAGCUGCUGGACAAAGUCAGCCAGGCCACUGACACAGAGAAAGAGUUGAAAAGAAAAAGUGCUCGCGUGGCUUCGCUGGAGAAACAGUUACAGGAGAAAACCUCGGCCUACAGUCAAGCUGCACUGACCAACACUGAGCUGGAGAAUCAGCUACUGGAGAGAACCAGCACCGUUCAGCAUUACCAGUCACUGAUGACCAAAAAGCAAAGAGAGUACCAGCAGUCUUUGGACAAGUGUCAGAAAUCACAAUCUCAACAACUCACGGAGCAACAGCACAGAAUAGAACUGUUGCAGCAGUCUGUGGAGGAGGCUCAUUCCCGGAUGUUGGUGAUGGAGCAGGAGCUGAGCUCGCUCCAGAGGCAGCGGGACGAUGCUCAGGACGCAGGUCUUCUGCUGCAGAGCUCCGUUGACCAACUCACACAGCAGCGGCAGGUUGAAUUAAGACUCAACGAGGAGUUGCUGCAGAGUUUCACAGAGCAGGCGGCUCAGUCUGCUACCAAGGUGUGCGAACUACAGUCGUCUCUGUCGGCGUGUAGAGAGGAGCUGCACUUGUACCUGCAGCAGAUGGACGAGAUGAAGAAGAGCUAUGAGAGUGAGCUGCAGAAGAACAAACACAGGGUGUCCUCUCUGCAGGAGAAGCUCCACGGGGCCACUCUGGUUUGCCAGAGCUCCAGUGAGCAGAACCUGCAGCUGCAGCUUUCUCUCCAGCAGCAGCAGGCCAUGCUGACCGAGAGCACUGCUCACAUCUCUGAACUGGAGGAAAGUCAGAGCCAGCUGCAGAAACAGGUGUCCAGUCUGGAGCAGCAGCUGGAACGAGCUCGGGCCGCUCUGCAGGCUGAGGUGAGGAACAGAGAGCGGGACAACCAGGAGAAAGACAAGGACCUGCAGGAGAUGAACCAGCAGAGCAGCCAUCUGUCUGAGUCUGUCAGUCACCUGACAUCAGAGAUGACAAAGUGUCGAGGGGAGCUGGUGUCUAGAGAUUCGGAGCUGCAGCGUUUGAGGAAGGAUGUCAACGACAAGAUUUCUCAGAUCAGCCGAAUGGACGAAAGCCUGCAGCACAUGAAGAGGCAGCUCGACUGCAAGAGUGACACGGUGAUGGAUCUGGAGGAGAAGCUACAUCGCCGUGAGGCCGACAGGCUCAACUGUCUCCAGCGGGCCCAGAUCCUGGAGGGGCAGCUUCAGGCGGUGCAGGGAGAGUUGGCCGAGACUCUGGAGCAACUACAGGAACUCAGAGAUGUUCUACAAAGAACCCAAACCGUCGCAGAUGAGCGGCAAGCCUCGGUGGAAAAACUGACUGUCCGACUUAGUGAUACCCAGAGGGAGUUGGAGGACAGAACUCACGAGGUCUUAGACAUGGACAAUGCACUGAAGGAGAGACAGGGGGAGCUCCAACAGAGAGCACAGCUGCUGGCUCAGCUGGAAGUGGUCAUCAGAGAGCACAAGCAGGAGAUGGAGAGGAAGGUGGAGUCUUUGCAGCAGAGCCUGCAGGCCAGAGAGAGAGAGCUGAGAGACGCACAGAGGGAGCUCACGGACAGAAACAUGAAGGAGUCCCAGGAGCUGCGUGUUUGUCAGCAAAAACUUCACACUUUACUGCAGGAACUUGAGGAAAGUCAACGUCACUGUGAGGCUUUGACCAGAGAGUUGGACGCCACCAAGCUGCAGACCAAAGAGAAGGUAGAGCACAAUCAAUUAUUAUUCAUUCUUUGGUGUUCAAGUUCAAAUAAAAGAAGGAAUGAGUUUUUGAGACAGACAGUUCUCCUCCCUUCAUGGGCUGUGCUUCUACUACCAGUGGUCUGUGUGUGUGUGUGUGUGUGUGUGUGUGUG